AUGGACGAGAACAACAGGAUAACAAUCACGGUGUGUGGAGAUGGAGGCUGUGGAAAAAGUUCGAUUACACUACGGCUUGUGAGGAGUCAAUGGACAUCUGAGUACGAUCCUACGAUAGAAGACUCCUACUCCGUAACUCGAACCGUCGAUGGAGUCCCUUACUACCUCAUGCUCACCGACACCGCAGGCCAAGAAGAAUACCGGGGUCUCUGGGCAGCUUCGAACCUACAGUCCGACGCGUUUCUCCUCGUUUACGACAUAACAUCUGCCAACUCGCUCGACGCGCUAGAUUACUUCAUGGAGAUGAUAGAAAUGGAGACAGAAAAUCGAUUAGACAAUGGCAAGAUACCACCGAUCAAGUGCGUAGUAGGCAACAAGUGCGAUUUACAAGGGCAAAGAGUCGUAGAGGCAAAAACAGGCCUCGAGUGGGCGAGACGAAGAAAGUGUGGCUUCAUGGAAACGAGUGCGAGGGAGAUGGUCAACAUCGAAGAGACUUUUGCCUUACUCGUACGUCGCGUAGUAGAAGCACGCCGGCUCACUGCUGGAGACGGUCCUGCGAAUCGAACUGCCGCUCUGCCUCUUCACUCGAACCCGAACCGAGACCCAAAUGACUAUGCGGCCCAUACACAGAAUGAAAAGGAUAGCGAGAAUGAGCCGAAACAGAGCUUUUGGAGGAAGCUCAAGUGCUGGUAG